AGCGCCUACUGCUUUAUAAAGGCAAUUACACUCGACUGGCUAAUGACGCGAACGAGCGCACGUUAGGCGUAUUUGUAGUUAAUAUUAAUGUAUUCUGUAACCUCUCAUCAAUCUGUUUUUUGUCAUUGUUCAGAUUACACGCUAUUAAUUGUACUCGACUGCUUUAAAUUAUUUUACCACCUUGGAGUUUUCUACAUGGUCCUACGAGCCUGAUUGAUAAUACUUUCAUGAAAAUCAGCGAUAAUUUGAAGAAAUCUCAUAAAUUAUUAAAAUAUCAAGACGGGUUAUAACAACGUGGUCAAGUUCGAAGGUGCUUUAAAAAGUGGCUUAGACAUUAAAUUCACAUGUUAUAAGUUGUAUUUAACCCAACACUCUAAAGGUAGUAUUUAUAAUAAUAAUUUAAAUUAUUAAAAGGUUAGUACUUGCACAAAUUUAUUAUGUUACUUACCCAAAAUAUUCUGUGUCAUUGAGCGAAUACAGGUUAACUUUAAUAAUUUUUAUGAUCUUAAAGUUUAGAACUGAGUUCAUUAUUAUUAAUCGUUUGCUUAUAUGUUUAAAGUAACGUUUAAAUUAUUUAAUUUAAGUAUAUCCGUAAUUGCUCAUUUUAUAUUUCGACAAGUAGAUUGAAGUAAGUAAGUAAUAGUUACAAUUAAAGUAACAUUGUGUUAAGUCAUUAUUAUAAAAACCUUAUUACAGUUACGAGUACAAUCAAAAUAAUUGUGAUUUAGUUUAACAUUUUCCAAGCUGACACGCUCAAUUUAUAGGUAAACUUUAAUGAUAAACUUAUUCAGUAUUUGAUCCUAUUGUUAUAAAUUCCAGGAUUUAUCAAUCGUCUCCCACGAUGUCCACAAAAAGUGACAAGGCUGAUAUGGAAGUAGCACGGGAAGUAGCUCGGGAAAUAGCGGAACUUACUAAGAAACGCAGUAGCUACAAGGGUCGCAUAACUAUCUUUUCUGGUUUUUUAAAGUCACUAGAUAUUUCAUCGAUAACAUCAAAGGACAUUAGCGAAAUUGAAAUGCGAAUAGGUAAGCUCGAAUCAUUGUAUGCUAGUUAUGACGAGACGCAAACGAGGCUCGAAUGUAUCGCAGACUGUGAAACCCAGUUGUUAGAAAGGGAUGAAUUUGAGUCUCGUUACUAUAAAAUCCUCUGUCAGGCACAGGAAAUAAUAGCCACUCAUAAAAAAUCUCCCGUGCCUAGUGAAUGCUGCUCUCAUAAUGGUAGUAAUAGUAAUAAUAAACCCGUCAAAUUACCUACCAUACAGCUGCCUAAGUUCGAUGGAUCGUAUGAAAAUUGGCUCGAGUUUCGUGAUACUUUUGAUAGCCUAAUACACUCAAAUCAAAAUAUAGAUAUUAUCAACAAAUAUCAUUACCUGAGAGCGUCUUUGGAAGGUUCCGCUGCUGUGGUAAUUAAAUCCAUUCAGUUCUGUGCGACAAACUAUGAUACAGCUUGGCAAUUGUUGUGUGACCGCUACGAUAAUAAACGUUUACUAGUUCACAAUCACAUUUCGGCGUUGUUUAAAAUCGAGCCAGUAACACGAGAAUCGUCAAGUCCAUUAAAACGCUUAAUGGAUCAAUUUAAUAAGAAUUUCCGUGCAUUGGAAUCCUUAGGAGAGCCUGUGAAGCACUGGGAUACACUUCUCAUUUACAUCAUGUCACACAAAUUAGACACUAAAACACUACGUGAAUGGGAAGAGUACAAAGGCCGAAUCACCAAGGAUCACACUAUUUCGCUUCAACAUUUUAUUGAUUUCAUGAAGAUUCGCACUGAUUUAAUUGAAUCUAUAGAAUGUCAUACAUCACAGAACACCACACAUCGUAACACAAACUCUAAAUCGUCCAAACAUAAAACUAUGGUUUCAUUAGACAACAGUUCAAAUAACAAUGCAGCCAGCUUAAGUUCAGGGAAAUGUCCUAAAUGCAGCGAAGAUCACAAACUAAAUAACUGUCCGCAGUUUUUAGCGUUAAGCAAUGAAGCACGACUUCAAUUGUUACCAGGUUUUAAAGUUUGUUUUAAUUGUUUUUGCGGUGGACACUACGCUAAUCAUUGUAAGAAGCCCGGUUGCAAAUUAUGCAAGCGACGUCAUAACACACUCAUUCACGUUGCAGAUACUACCAAGACAAAACCAGUUAUGCCUAGCGGACGAACUGAUAACAUUGUUAGCAGCACCCCGCCCGCCACUUCUACCGAUGUGAAUCCUAGCUUGACACUGUCGGCGAGCGUCGCGGCCUCCAGUCACCAAGUACACGGUCAUCGCGUUGACGUUCUGUUAUCGACGGUACUAAUUAAGCUAUAUGAUUCCAAUAAUCGCGAGCAUUUAGCGCGCGCAAUUCUCGAUAGUGGUAGCACUUCUUGUCUUAUGACGAAUAAAAUGUAUCGUCAAUUGAAUCUGCCCUUUACACCCAUAAAUAAAUCAAUUAUGGGGAUUAACGGUAUUUCGUCUCAAAUAAAUAAAAUGUGUUUAGUAUCUUUAAAAUCGUUAGAUGAAACAUUUGUAACUAAUCUAAGAUGUUUUGUAUUACCGUCGAUAACAAACAACGUACCGUGUCAUUCGCUCGACAUAAGUACACUUAAUAUACCUAGUAACGUCUGUUUAGCCGAUCCUAACUUUCACACGCCUGCGUCAGUUGAUUUGAUAAUAGGCGCUGAUGUUUUCUGGGAUGUUCUGGGAUCACAAAGGUUAGAUUUAGGCGCUGGUAAACCUACACUUUACGAAACUAGGUUAGGGUGGAUAGUUUCUGGCCCUUUAGUAAAUAGUAAGGCCACUUUACCCAAUCCUGUUUGUAAUUUUGUGCAGCUUGAUGCGGCUGCCGGUAAUAGCUUUCAUGAACAAAUUCAGCAUCAGCUUGAGCGGUUUUGGAGUUUGGAGGAUGUAACUGAAUGUUCCGCUACCUCACCCGAAUACAAAUUGUGUGAGGAUCAUUUUAUGACAAACACUACGCGUUUGCCAGAUGGACGAUUUUGUGUAAAAAUUCCGUUAAAGAAUAAACCGUCCGUGUUAGGCAAUUCAUUGCAUCGUGCUAAGCAAUGUUUUUAUUCUUUAGAGCGUAGGUUGUCAAACCAGGCGAACGUUUAUAAAAUGUACUCCGAAUUUAUGUCAGAAUACAUAACGUUAGGUCACAUGACAGAAUGUAAACUGACUACGGAUGCACACUACAUUCCUCAUCAUGGCGUUAUUCGGGACAGCAGCACGACCACUAAACUGAGGGCCGUAUUCAAUGCGAGUAGCCCAACCUCUAACGGUGUAACCUUAAAUAGCAUCCAAAUGGUUGGACCCACGGUUCAGGAUGACCUUUUAUCCAUCCUUCUGCGAUUCCGACAGCAUAAAUAUAUUUUAAUGGCUGAUGUCGAAAAAAUGUAUCGGCAGAUAGCGGUACAUCCUGAUGACAGGGAUUUGAAAACAUGCGUGAUAAACUUACGUCAGUUCUCGCCUCAGCUUGCUUUCCACUUAGAAAGUGGCAGUCUAAUGAACCUCGAUUAGUCUCGGAGCUGGCUCAGUCUUCCCGAAACCUAAACAUAGGUGGAAAUGAGCCCAGCAAGACCUUAGGUUUGGGAUGGCAAGCUGUUGCUGAUGAGCUGUGUUUUCCCACGGAUCACUCGUUCGCCAUGACAGAGUUAGUGUGUACGAAACGUAGUAUGCUUUCCAUAAUUUCACAAAUAUUCGACCCUUUAGGUCUUGUUUCUCCUGUUGUAAUUAGUCUAAAAAUGCUCUUACAGAAAUUAUGGUUGCAUAAACUGUCUUGGGAUGAGCCGUUGACGCCGGACAUAGAAGAUAUUUGGUUUGACGUAAUUAAAGGGUUGCAUCACCUCAAUAAUAUUCGCAUUCCACGUCGAGUAAUAAUCGACUCAUUCAAACGUCUCGAGUUUCACAUUUUUUCUGAUGCGUCUGAAAGAGCAUACGGUGCAUGUCUGUAUGUACGUAGCAUUAAUGAAUCUGGCAAAAUUCUCGUCAGAUUAUUAGUUUCUAAGAGUCGAGUAGCUCCCAUUAAGGCUACUACGAUUCCCAGACUUGAGCUCUGUGGAGCUUUAGUAGGUGCACGUCUUUAUAAUAAGGUAGUGAAGUCAUUACGAGUUAAGGCGGCAUGUACUGUGUUCUGGACUGAUUCAACCAUUUUAUUGGGUUGGUUGAAAAUGUUGCCUUGUAAAUUGCACACUUUUGUCCGUAAUCGCAUUGGUGAGAUAUUAGAGUUGACCGGCGAUUGUGUGUGGCGACACGUUCCCACUCAAUAUAACCCAGCGGAUUACAUUUCGCGUGGUGUUAGUGUUGAGUCUAUUCAGGCAUUGGACAUUUGGUGGUCAGGGCCUAGUUUUUUAAAGGAGCCUGAAGUAAGCUGGCCUUUAAAUUCUGUUUAUACGGAAUCACUGCCAGAAACGCGCACCGAAUUGUCAUGUGUUGCACAAAUGGAUGUAAUCCAUAACGUUAAUAAUUUUAUUCAAUUUAAUCGUUUUUCUAAAUUUAAUCGGCUUAGGCGUGCGGUAGCGUACAUGUUACGAUUUAUUGACGCAUGUAGACGACGGUCACUUGUAAGCAACUAUCUCUCUGAAGUCGAGUUACGUAACGCCCUGAACGUCAUUAUUAGAGUGUCUCAGAUGGAGUCAUUCAGUGAAUAUAAUACUUUAGUAAAUAAUAAACGUUUAACAAAAAAGAGUAAUUUGCUUAAAUUUAAUGUAUUUAUAGAUGACUUUAAAAUUAUGCGAGUUGGCGGUCGUCUUGAAAAUUCUACAUUUACAUAUUCAAAGAAGCAUCCAAUUCUCCUACAGUCCACUCAUCCUUUUACAGUUUUGCUUUUUGAAUUUGAACAUGAAAAGCUCAUGCAUGCUGGGCCACAAUUAUUGUUAGCAUCAAUUAGAGAGGCUUAUUGGCCAAUAGGGGGACGUAAUUUGGCAAGGGCCUGUUAUCGUCGCUGCAUUAGGUGUUCUCGGAUGAAGGGAAGGGUUAUAGCACCAAUAAUGGGUAAUUUACCACAGCAGCGCCUAUCACCGGGAGGUUUUCCUUUUCAAACCGUUGGCGUAGACUACGCGGGCCCUAUCUCUUCCGCUAGUCGUCAAGGUCGUGGUUGUCGCAUAGUGAAGGUUUAUAUUGUGUUGUUCAUCUGUUUCACUACUAAGGCAAUACAUUUAGAGUUGGUAGGUGACAUGACUAGCUACGGUUAUUUGUCAGCUCUACGUAGGUUUAUUGCACGUAGAGGUAAACCGACACAGAUGUUCUCUGACAAUGGGACAACAUUUGUCGGAGCAUACAAUGAUUUGGCAAAGUUUCUAAAAACCAAUUCGGAUGAAAUAUCUGGUGACUUAGCAAAUGAAGGAAUAGACUUUCAUUUCAUUCCUGCCUAUUCACCUCAUUUUGGGGGCAUCUGGGAGGCGGGAGUUAAAUCCACAAAAUAUCAUUUGCUUAGAGUGCUGGGAAAUUGUAACCUCACUUACGAGGAAUUAAAUUCUACUUUGGUCCAGAUUGAAGCCAUUUUAAAUUCACGGCCACUCACGCCUUUGUCUUCGCAUCCCGACGAUAUGACGCCGUUAACCCCUGGACACUUUUUGAUCGGACGCUCUCUUACUUCGCUACCAACAAAGGAUCUUCAAGAUCAUAAUGCUGCCCAUCUCACCCGCUUCCAUCGCAUCGAGCAAUUGCGGCAGCAUUUUUGGACAAGGUGGAGCAAAGAGUAUGUGUCGGAACUCCAACAACGGACUAAAUGGCAGACUUCCAACCACCCUUUGCAGAUCGACUCCCUCGUUUUGUUGAAGGAAGAUCACUUGCCUCCCCUCAAGUGGAAGCUGGGCAGAAUUAUUCGGCUGUACCCAGGUGCCGACCAAGUUGCUCGCGUAGCGGAGAUUAAAACCUCGACUGGAGUGGUCAGAAGAUCUUUUAGUAAAAUUUGUCCGCUGCCGAUCGAUGAUAAUCAGUAGCUGGUUGAAAGGAAGGCUUUCAACGCCCGGGGGCAUGUCGAAGCGCCUACUGCUUUAUAAAGGCAAUUACACUCGACUGGCUAAUGACGCGAACGAGCGCACGUUAGGCGUAUUUGUAGUUAAUAUUAAUGUAUUCUGUAACCUCUCAUCAAUCUGUUUUUUGUCAUUGUUCAGAUUACACGCUAUUAAUUGUA